AAUGGCUGCUUAAUGAAUGCAAGACCGUGAAAUAAAUGGUUGAUUAAUGUGCGUUUUUUUGCAUUGCAGAUCACAUAUUGUAUAGUUAUCUACUAUUACUUUGUCAAGUAAAUUUUUUUAAACUAAAUGGCAACCAUGACAACAAGAAGAAAUAUAAACAUCGACGGCUUGCAAGUACAAACCGAUUUGCACCAGCUUAAAGAGUUGUCAAACAAGUUGAAUCUUGCCACCAGACGACCCUCUGUGGUACAGUGGAAACAGGUCAUUGAGUACCGGAAAGCGCGAGGACAGUACGUCAGUUCCUCUCCACCGCAGUAUCUGGACAACAUGAUGACGCAACGAUUAAAGCAAGAGAGUACGGCUACUGUACAGUCUACAUCUACAUACGAAGCAGUUCUCGAUAACACAGAUCCGAAGGUACACGUAACAGCGGGCGAUUUCCACCGUCAGCUGUUUGCAGAGAACAUCAAUACCCCAACUAAAAUGACGUCAGACAUGGACGGUAUUACUCCAACGCCAACGAGGCGGGUCAGAAGGUAUGGGCGCACAGCUAUUCCAGAAUGCGAUGAAGCUGUCAGUCUCGCGGACAAAGCGGCCGAUGUCGCCAAUAACAAUACCCCGGGCCGACCAGAAAAAAUGGCCGUUCUGCCGGAGACUUCGAAUGUUCCUUUGUUAGUUGAAAAUCCAACAAAAAAUGAAAAUACAGAAGAUGUUAGCGCCCGGUACAGACGCGUCGGUCAAAUGUUUGAAAAACUACGAAGGGAUUUGGUUAUAAUGCGAAUCGAAGACAACAAACUUGCUCGAAAACUGCUCGACGUCCGCAGUGAAAUGAACCUGGUGAGGGCGCAAAAGAGCUGUGCCGAACACGCUGACAUGCUUGACGAUGUUACUAUAGAGUUAGAAGAAGAGGAAGAAUUAACGGGAUUAAUAAAAGCUUGCGACUUGUCACAAGGUAAACCCACUUCCCUACUAUCGGCCUUCUCACCUUUGAGAAACAUCGGAGUCAGUCGUAUGAAUUUGAACCGACGCCGAUUCUCCAUUCGGUAGAUUGGGCAACUACAACUUACAUGCUUUAUGUACGGGCAAGAGAAAACUUGAACUCUUAAGGGGAUUUUGAAACAGAUACCAGCUAUAAACACAUUUUCCCUGUGAUAUGUACGGCCAAGAGAACUCCAAGAGUAAUGAAACGGAUUUCAGCACCGAUUUAAAAAUUUUACUUCCAAGAGUUGGCCCUUGGCCGCUUUAAAGUUCCAAACCGUAUUUUUGAACCCGGUCGUACGUUUUGUGUUUGCCGAAACUAAACUCUGCAUAAAUGAAGUCGCGAAUCGUUAUUGUGCAGUUUUAUGCAUCAGAUAUCAGUUCUCUCAACUAGGCUUGCGACUUUUUUUAUUUGAGUUUUUUGACUAAUUUUUGCAACUUUUUUAUUUGUGUUUUAACCGAAUUUUUGCGACUUUUCCAUUUGUGUUUUCCAAAAAUAAAAAAAAAGACAUUUAGAACAAUACUUUUUUUCACAGUUACAAAUAGAACAGAAUUUAAAAGCUUGACAAAGGGCAUAGGGUGUUUUUUGACCUGUCUCACCCAACGUGGUCUCCCGUAGUAGUGCUAAAAUAUAUUUAAAUUCACCAGAAUAUGUUAUGGGCGUGGUACAUUUUAUAUUGGCAAUGGACGGAUUAAAAAUGGGCACAUUUUGAAGCAAACAAGACUAUACCGUUUUGCCUUUUUUUCUAGUUUUCUCAUUUACAAUAUGAGAGAAUUUGAAAUCUUAAAAAAAUGUAAAAAAAAGAGAGAGCAGGAAAAAAAGGCAAAUAAACAUAGUCAUUUAUGCAUGUAAAGGUCUAAUACACAAAUUGCACUUGUGAUAAACUGGAACUGCGUUAAUUUCACAAUGACUGAUGCUAUGAAAAUAAUGCAUGAAUUACUUGCACUGAUAAACACAAUUACUGAGGUGUAACUACAUAGCACACAUAUAUAUGCUUAAAAGGCCCCUAAAAACAGCCCAUAACUAAAGUGUCAUGA